AUGCCAGAACUACCAACUUUACUUCCUCUCCUCCUGCAGAGCCUAGACUUGACCGAUCCCCUUUCACAACCUAUAAAAGCCGGAACCCUGGAGACACUAGCUGUAAUAAUUCGCGAUAACGGCGUCAGCGUAAUUAGCGAAGUGGGCUAUGUGGAUGAUUUGGUGAAACGGUUGUUGAAGACAGCCGCACAUAACACCACAGUGUCAACAUCAGCAGCAACGCCAACAACAACCACCGGCGCAGCUAGCUUCACCUCAAUGCCAAACUCCCCACGCAUCCGUGCACAAUCACUCCAGUGUCUCUUGCUCCUCGCGCAGACACCUGGCGUUUCGGAUUCGACUUCACCGGGAGCCAAAGCUGCUAGCGCGAAACCUUCGCCAUUGCUUCCUUUGAAGAGCGUAGUGUUGCGCUCCCUGAAGUUUGCGCUUGAUGACCCUAUACGGGACGUGCGGAAGGCCGCGGUGGAUGCGAGAGCGGCAUGGCUGAGGGGGGUGGAGCAUCUAGCGGGCGACGAGGAAGAUUAA